AAAAAAGAAAAACAGCUCUCAUAAUCGCAGAAGAAGCCUAUCCCCGUCAGUAAUGGCUUCUCUGCAAUCUUUCUUGUAUGUUGCAGUAGUCGCCGUCUUAGUCCUCUCCCCUUCACGAGCAACGGCGCUCAAAAGAUCGACACCUAUGCAGGCGGCUCCAUCCCCUCUCGUUGAGAGCGUCUGUAAAAGCAACGCCGUCGGCGACUAUAACUCCUGCGUCAAAGCCCUCAGCUGUCCCCAAGCUGCCGCCGCGACCAACCCCAAGGCUCUAACCACGGUUGUUCUGAAAUUGGCAAGGGAGGAUGCGAAAGCCACCAUUGGUCAAAUCCUCAAUCUUUUAAAGACGGGACCUUCCCCGGCGCUAGAUCAGUGCUUGAAAAACUACCAAUCCGCCGUGAAUUCAUUCAAAAUGGUAGCCAAUGAACUGAGGGAAGACCCGAUGUCCGCGAAUUACGACGUCAAGGUUAACACUGAUUUAGCAGACGAAUGCGACCGAGCAUUGGCCGCCGCUAGGGUUACUGCACCGCAACUCACCGCCGCAAACCAAUCUCUGAGGCGUUUUGCCAUGAUUGGUUUUGAGGUGACAAGUCAGCUGCAGUAAGAGGUAGCAGAGGAAGGCAUGACGGGCCUUGUGUGGUUAUUUUUGUCCCGUGUUCUUCCGGGGGCUCUGUGAUGCUCUCUAUUCAUUAAUUCAUUUGGAGAGAUUAAAAGUAUUUUAUUAAUAACCAAAAGUUGGGACAAAGAUUGUGUAAUGUUUCUAAGGUGGCAUUUGUUUUUGUUCUGUAAAAUUCAAUUUUGAAACAUAUUGUUUCUCAAGGGCUUCUGCAUUUUAGUUUUUAAUUUUAGUUUUUAUAAACUCUACCAUUGCCA